AUGUGUCCUGGGUGGUCUAGCUCAGUCAUCUGGAGACACACACAGUUUGCUGUGGAACAGUGUGGCUUCUGUGGCUCCUCAGGCCCGGGGGCGCCCCUUGAACCCUCCACUCUUGGCUCCAAGCACCUUCCCUGGGAAGCUGUAUCUGCUGGGUUCGCAGACAGGAACAGAAACAUGGAUGGAGCCAUGUGGCUGAGCCUCUGUCCUGAUAACGAAGACCUGCUUUGGAGGAAAAAGCACAAAUUGCUACAAGCCCGAGGCAAAGGUGAUCUCGCUCUGCAGAGAAGAGCGGAUGUCAAGCUGUGGAAAAGCUACCAGCUCCAGCGCUUGGCUGAGGAGUUGAGGAGAGGGUGUCAGGAGGCGCAGCACCUGCAUGUCGGUGGCCUGGACAGGCUGCGGUCAGCACGUCUGUUAGGCUGGGGAGGAGGAUGGGCCAGGGAAAAUGAGCCCGACUCGGAGGGGCCCAUCCAGCGAAGAUCAGCCAGGCCCCCAAGGGCCAAGGAGAAGCAUAGAGCAGCCCUUAGUGAAGAGAGGAGUUGCAGGGAAGAGUUGGGCCAGCAACACCCCAGGCACUCCAGGCCCCGGAAGACAGCAGCGAGUCCAGAGAAACCACAGACUACAAAAGCCACGGGUCGGAUGAAUUCUCACCUGGCCCCGCCUGAGAAGAGAAAGGGAAGGCCAGAACCUUCGAGCAAGUCUGGGGGUGGCCGCUGUGCCAUCCACCCUCGGAGGAGCAAAGGAGCCGACCUAGAAAGGUCAAACCCACUCGUGGCUGCUGUGGGAGAAAUCGGGCUUGUGGAGGAAAAAGAGAAAGGAACAGCUCGGGCGGGGAGGAGGCAACUGGGAAAGGGGGCAGUUUGCUUUGUUCCAGCCCUGACCAGUCGCUCUCAGGGACAGAGUCCGGAGGGGAAGCUGAGAGACCUCGGGCAGCUGUGGCCAGCUGAUUCCAGCCGCAGAAGGGAAGCCGUGUCCCCAGCAUCUCAGUGCACGCUGCGGGAGAAGAACAAGUGGCAGAAAGAGCUGGAGUUGGCCUUUGAAGAGUUGUUCAAUAUAAACAGAAAGCUGAAAAAACACCUGCGCUUGUACCUGACACUGAAGCCCAGGAUGGACCAGAGACCUGGGGAAGAGCAUGCCUUCUCAGAGAUGCAAGAGUGUGGCGCUGGGACCCCAAGAGGGAAGCAAAUGGCAGACCCAGAGAUGCUGCCUGCCGGGGAACCCAGGAGCCCAGCAGAGGAGGAGGCGCGGCAGGCAGCGUCCAAGACCGACUUGAAAACGUUAAUGGGCAAGGCCCAGAACCAAAAAUAUCAGGGCACGGUCAAGCCCACGUUUAGAAAUGGAAGUCAAACAUUGUCUCCCGAGGCAGGUAUAUUUAUCAACAAAGAGGACUCGUUAUUGUAUAGCACUGAAUCUGGACAAGAGACCCCCAAACUGGGCACGCUGGCAGAGGGCUCCCUUCAGCUCCACCUUCAAGACCAGGCAGACAGAGUGGGCUCGACGGCAUCCAGGCAAAGGCAGAAAGCAGAGAUGGAGCAGAGAAGACAAAAACAACUGGAAUCGCUUGAACAAAUGGAACACCCAGAUAUGAGCUUGGAAAUCCACUACAAGGCUGAGUUAGAAAAAGAGAGGAGGGAGCAAAGGAGAGCUCGACUGGCCCAUCUGAAGUCCUCCUCCACGAGAGCCCAGGAAAGGGAAAGAGGAUCUGAACUCAGCACCACUUCCCCAUCGGGCACCAGCCUCGCCGACGACGACCGGCACAGUCAGAUGAUCCGAGACCAGCAGCAGCAGAUCUUACAGCAAAACAGGUUGCACAAGCAGUUUCUUGAAGAAGCCAGGAAACGCUUGCGGGAGUUUCAGAACAUAUGCUAAACGCGAGAGACCCACCCGGGGUAAAUACAUCACUGAUAAUGGUGCUGCCAGAACUGGUA